AUGGUUUUCCAGACAGUUUCAACGUAUGGAGCCUCCAUAUCGCUUCUUAUAUCUCUAUCAGGAACAGCAUUCGCUGUACCUGCAGCCACGGCCCACGGUAUUGGCCAAUUCCCUCCGGCAAGCAGUACGCCAUCGUCGAUUGACUGGAAACCAUGCCCCCCUGACUGGAGACGAUUCCUCCGAUGUGCCAAUUUCUCUGUCCCUGUAGAUUGGGAAAAGCCACACGGCGAACACUUCAACCUGGGACUUGUCAAGAUGUCCGCUUGGAAAACGGAUCUAACCGAACCAAAUAGGACCCUCACUAGAAUCGGAUCUCUGUUCCUGAAUUAUGGAGGGCCGGGCGCGAGUGGAAUAGCAGCCAUUCGCGAUUUCGCAGAUCGUGGAUCGAAUGUACCUCAAAGCAUAUUUGAGUCGUUCGAUCUUAUCGGUCUAGAUCCAAGAGGUGUUGGAUUGAGCAAUGGCAUUUCAUGUAACAAUAAGAUACACGCAGAGAAUGUUGCUUACGCUCCUCAGAAUGAGGAAGAGUUCAACAAGAUGGUUGAUAAGAACAGAAGAUACGCAGAGUCUUGCCGAGAGCUUACUGGGCCGUUGUUUGAGCACUUGGAUACUAUCAGCGUUGCGAAAGAUUUCGAGGCUGUCCGUGUAGCUUUGAACGAUGGGCCAAUGAACUUUCUUGGCAUGUCGUACGGAACAAUGAUCGGCGCUCAGUAUGCAGCCCUGUUUCCUGACAACAUUCGCACUCUAGCCCUCGACAGCGUCCUGCUGCACUCGCCGAAUGAAACAAUGAUGCUUCUUGACGAGGCGACAAGCAUCGGCCUUGCGUCGAAAGCUUACUUCGAAUGGGCCAGUACUUCUGAGGUCUCUGAGCUCAGAGGUCAAGAUGUCGAAGCAAUGUACAAUGCGGUGCUCGCGAACGCAACAGAGAAGCCUAUCCCUGUACCCGAUUGCCCUGACAACAAUGAGUGCACCACCUUCGUGACAGCUCCCAACAUAGCUUCCAGUAUACGUGGUUACCUCGGUUUCCCUAUGUUGAAACCUGGACAGAUCGGAGGGAGUUACGCAGCACUCUCGAGAGCCUUCAUUAAUGCGACCGAAGGUAAUGGCUCCGGAUUCAUCCGUUCGAACGGUCCUGACGCCUUCCUCGCCAUCGGCUGUCUCGACUGGGUACACUCGGCAACUUCCGUGUCCGAUCUGCUCGCCAAGCAAGCACUGUUGAAACAGUAUGCACCCAUCUCAGGCACUGCACCAGGAAUGUGGGACUUGCAAACCAAAUGCAUUGGCUGGCCAUACAAGGUCAAGAAUCCUCCAAAGAAACUCCACAUCAAGACCGAUGCUACGAUACUGGUCACAAAUGGAAUCAAUGAUGCUGCCACGCCUAUGGUAUGGGCCCAAGGCCUCAUGGAACAGCUUGAGAAUGCCGUAUUUGUUACCAGAAAAGCUGGAGGACAUAUAGGUUUCAACAAGGGUGGCGCGACAACCGAACUCAUCGCCGACUAUCUGGUCAGUAGUAUAGCUCCCGAGGCUGGCAUCACACUAGAUAACUAA